ACGUAAUCAGGUGUGGUGCAAAACUAGAAAAUGGACACCUGACCUGUUUGUGUUGAUUUCUCGGAAGGGGUCACAUUAACCAAUAAACUGUCAGUUUUUGUGCUUUAUGUGGAGGGUUUUUUAGUUCAAUUUGAUUCAUUCUUCUAACUGGUUUGAGUGAAAUUAUUAUCUUGUUCUAUGUUUGUGUAGAAACAGCCUAUAUCUUUUGCCGCUAAAAUACGACGUGCAUCAUAUCACAGUUUGUAAAAUCGGAAGUCAAGCGGAGCGACGUACGUUACACCAACAAGAGGAAGCGACUAUCCUCACCGCCCGAUUCCUGGUGAAGUGUAGUCAAAGUAGCAUAGACUAGGCCUAGGGCCUAGCUACUUUUGUGGAAGAACUGACAACCUGUAUGGUUUUUAGUGCAAAUUAUGCUGUGACUGAAAGUACAUUUUACUUCUGCUGGUGUCGUCAGGAAAACAUGACAAACAAAUCUGUUUUUUGUGUUGAAUAAUCGACCCACUUUGAUUUUGAGGAGUGAGAGUGAGUGAGCCUCUCAACAAUUGACUAAAAAGUCAACACAGAAACUAGUAUUUAAAAUGACGUCCAUUGGAGAGAGUAUAAGGAGAUUAUUUUUUCGUGGAAGUAAACCAAAGAAACCUCAAUAUACUCAGUUAAUAAGAGAUAAAGACCCUGAACAAGAAUGGGAGAUUGUUGGCGAAUGUGGCGACGGUGCUUUCGGCAAGGUUUACAAGGCCACGAAUAAGACAACUGGUAUAACAGCUGCUGCCAAGGUGAUAGAUCUAAAUAAAGAAGAAGACCUGGAUGAGUUUAUGGUGGAAAUUGACAUUUUGAUGGCAUGUAAACAUGAAAAUGUUGUCGAUUUGAUAGAAACCUAUUUAUAUAAUAAUAAAUUGUGGAUGUUGCUGGAGUUUUGCGGAGGAGGUGCCCUAGAUGACAUUAUGCUAGAGCUGGAGAAAGGCCUAACAGAACCACAGAUUAAAGCUAUAUGCAAAGAAGUUUUAGAAGCGCUGUCAUUUUUGCAUGAUAAUAAAGUUAUACAUCGUGAUCUUAAGGCGGGAAAUAUACUACUCACUAUUGAUGGAAAGGUUAAAUUAGCUGAUUUUGGAGUUUCUGCGAAGAAUGAUAAAACAAGGCAGAAAAGGGACACAUUUAUAGGUACACCAUAUUGGAUGGCGCCAGAGGUGAUAAUGUGCGAGACAUUCAAAGACAACCCAUACGAUUAUAAGUCUGACAUCUGGUCUUUAGGCAUCACUCUGAUUGAGCUUGCUCAAAUGGAACCGCCAUUCCACGAUCUUCAUCCAAUGAGAGUUCUGGUCAAAAUUCCUAGGGCUGAUCCACCAAUUCUAAUUGCACCCUCUAGAUGGUCUAGUGGCUUCAGCAAAUUUAUCGCAGAAUGUCUACAGAAAAAGCCAGAAUUACGACCAUCAGCAGCUGAGCUACUAAAGCAUCCAUGGAUUACUGGUUCUGAAUCUACCAAGGCAAUCAGAGAUCUUGUAAGUGAAGCUAAGGCUGAAGUUACAGAAGAAAUAACUGAUACCCCAGACGACCAGAUACCUGAGGAUGAGAAACUUGACCUGGAACCUGAAACGCCAACCACCCCGAUCAUCGGUACUCCCUCAACGCCAUCUGUACAUACUCCGGCUUCACCCAAAAUGGACGCCCUCAAACUUGCAAAUGCAAACUCCGAACUGAAGACGCCCGAGUCUCCUGAAAUGAACGUACCCAUUACUAUUGAGGAGACUAAAGAUCUAGAUUCUAACGGCACCAAGAAAUCUCCCCCAGUCGUGCUUCCAAAACCUAAGCGACCGGUCAGCUGUUAUAAUGACACAGAUAAUGUAGAUGGACCACGCCGAUAUUCCAUGCCGAUUAGCCCUACAAUUCCAAAUUAUCCUGAUGCGCAAAAAUCACCAAACAGUGUUAAAGAUUUGGCACUUAGGCUAGAGGGACAGCACCCGGAAAGACCGUUUAACUUCCCCAACGGUAAACUGCACCAUUCACUCAGUCCUGCUAGUGACCGUACUAACCCCAAAAACCAAAACGGCAUGGAUGGACUCGGAACAGUGUCCAGCCGAGGCUCAAAUGAUGAUCGUUUCUCAGAUACAGAGAGCGUGGCUACGGUCGAUAGCAUUGAUAGUUUGGAUCGACGGGAUCGAAAGAAAACUCAGGAGAAAAUCGAAAACACAAAGGAAAAACCUAAUUAUAAAACGCUCAAGAAAACCAGGCGGUUUAUCGUGGAUGGUCAAGCGGUCACCGUGACGACAACCAAGGUGGUCAAGGAAGGAGAAGCCAACAAAACUAAGAAAGAAUACGUAGCCAGGAAGCAAGAUCUAAGGGCUCUGAGGCUGAUGCAGAAAGAUGAGAUGAGACAAGCAAAUGAACUGGCUUCCAAAAUAUUGCAACAAAGGGAUGAAGUUGAUAGGAAGCAUGACAGAGAAUCUGUGGCAACAAGGAAAAAAUGUGAUACGGACAUUGAUCAGUUGAACAAGCAACAGAAGCAGGAGGUGGAAAAACUUGAGCAGUCUCAGAGUGUGGAAGCUAAGCAUCACCACAAGAAACUCAGAGUAGAUAUGGAACGAGAAACAAAAGCCUUCAAGGAUAACCAGAAACGUGAAAUAAGAACAAUGAAGACAAUUAAAGGAGCUAGUCGAGAGGACACCAGGAGGAAGAAAGAAGAGCAACAGGUGAAGAUGCAAGAGAUGGAACGAGAAUUCCUAGCAAAGCAAGCUAAUAAAAUGGAACAAUCCAUGCAGCGAAUAUCAGAAUCUCAUAAGAUGAACGUUGCAUCGCUUGAGAAGAAGUUUCUUAACGAGAAGCAUCAAUUAUUACGAGCCCGAGAAGCUGCUGUUUGGGAGCUUGAGGAGCGACAUUUACACGAGAAACAUCAAAAUUCCAAAAAGCAGCUUAAGGACAUGUUCUUCUUACAACGGACUCAUUUACUAGCCCGGCAAGAGAAGCAAAUUGAACAAUUUGAAGAAAUUUACAAAGCAGAAGAGCAGGAACUAUUAACAAAGCACGCUGCCGAAAAGCGAAGGCUGCCAAGAAGGUUACGUAAUGAGUCGAAGGCCAGGACGCAGAUGUACAAAAAGAAGCUACAGAUUGAAGCUCAGACAUCAAAUCGCUCACCGGAGGAGGAAAGGGAACGAUUGAAAGAGUUCCAGAUCUCUGAGCAGAAACGUUGCAAGUUGGAAACCACAAAGCUUGAGUUGAAGCAUACGAAGCAGCUUGAGGACAUGAGGGCAGCACAUGAGGCUAGUAGGCAGGAACUUUCAUCUGUCAAUAAUGAGAAGAGGAAGCAAUUAAUGGAACAAGAGACUUUAAAGCUGAAAGAAAGAGAAGAGGAACACUCAAAAGAACUAAGAGAAUGGAGGGAUAAUUUAAGACCAAGGAAGAAGGCAAUAGAGGACAGGUUUGCAAGUGAGUUGGCUGAACAGGAGCGAUUCUACUCAAGCCGUGCAUCAGUACGACCUAUCAGCAUGGCUGGCGAUUUAUCACUAUCUAGACACCAAGACAUGAGGCAUGAAAACAAUCUAAUGUAACGUUGUGUGCUUCCAGUUACACCAACUCAUUUGAAAAAUCAAAGUAUUAAGACAUUGGAGAUAAAUCCAUGCUGAAGGUCCUAUGUCUGUAGGGGGCGCACUUGAUGCCAAUAGAGGGUGCACUUUGUGUCUUGCACAGUGAAUUUUACUUCAAACAGAGUGUAAUCCUAUAUGGUUUGCAUUCAUUCAUAUAUUGUUAGUAUGUGUUUGGUAUGAUGUAAGGUGUCAAGCCGUUAUUGUGGGGAAUUGUGCGCUUGGCUUCAGAUUUUUUUUUUAUCUUACAUAAAAUCUUGCCUCGUUGUAAUUAUUUAAAAAUCUUGCACAUUCUCACAGUGUAUCGGCUCAUUUGCAGUACCUCCUGAGCAGUGAUUCCACUUUAACAUCCAUACCAUUCAAUAUCUCUACCAGUCUUACCACAAUAAGAGGGGAGCACAUCCACAAAAAAUACUUGAAAUCUCUGAAGACCUGGAAAAGUAGUAGAUUUUUAAAAAUCGACCAUUUUCGCUAAAUUGCCUUGGAAAAUCCAAAGCAUUCAAAAAAGAAAAUGAUGGACAUAAAUUUUCACAUUUAUAAUGACUGGCAAAAGUUAUGGAUUUUCAAUUUAGCCGUGGAAAGGUUAUAUAAUUUGACUUUUUCACUGCAGGUGCAGGCAUUUGUGUAAUCAGUUGAGGUAUAGACAACGAUUGAUUAAAAUACAGUGGACAUAAAGAUGACUGCAUGUAAACGCUUUCAACAUUUUGAUAAAUUCAUUCCAAGUAUUUGACUGUGAAAGGUUUUUACACCUUCACUUCAGCUUUAAUAAAUUUUUGUUUAAUAUUAUUUUAUAUAACAUUGGUUACCCAGUGAUAUUAUAGCCCUCAAGUAUCUAUUUGUUUGAUAUGUGAAAUUAAUAAUUAAUUUUCUGAAAAUGAGAUCUCUAACAGAAGUUUGUAGAUUGUAGAAUACUAUACUGUAUUUCAUAAUAAAUCAUUUUUAAAAUGCUGCUAAUUGUGUUGCAGGACCUUUGAUAACAAAAAUCUUUUAACUCAAAUUUAUUAUUUCUGUUGAAAUAUUUACCAUUAACAUGGCUUUUGCUAAUUAGUAAAUUAACAUAUGUUAAUUUAUGUAUAUUAGCUGAUUAACAUAAGCCAUAUCAUGUUUAUUGGACUAUUAUCGAAUGUGUUUUAUAUUUUUUUUGCAAUUUUACAGCUAGAGAAAAAUGCAUAAGGUAUGAUGGAAAUUGGUCAAAAAAAUGAAUAUAUCACACUAAGUCAUACAUGUAUAGUGUGUUAACACAGACAUGGUAAAUAUUGUAUGAAAAUCCAGUCCAGAGGAUGGCAAAAGUUACAUAAAUUAGUAUUGGACAUAUGCUAUUUAAAAGCUAGUGCUCAUUUUUUAGAAGGAAUUUAAUGAUUAAAAUGAGUUCUCUAAACAUGUAGUUCUGAAAUAACAAUAUAUAUUAUAGAGAGACAUGGAAGAAAAUAAUUUUACAUUGGAGAAAGCACUUUCCAGGUCAACCUAUUCAUAAUCAAACAUGCAGCGGCAGACUUGUUAGUCUUUUUCAAAAUGUACCGACAUACACAUAACAUUAAUUACAAAGAAAUAUUUUUAUGUUUAAUUAUUCUGGAGGCUUGAAUGAAUACUAAUGAAGCAAUCAAACAUAUUCAGAUACAUCAUAAUUUUAACAGUGUUUACUAAUUUUUUUUGUUGAAAAAAACAUUUAUUUUUGUCUUCCUUUUUCACUUUUUUCUAAAACUGUACUAUAAAUUAGCUCGACUAGAAAUUAAAUUAUUUAUUCCAAAUCUAAUAUUGCAUAUAUAUUCAUAUUAUCAACUAUUUAAUCUUAUAUAAAUAAUUUCUUUUAUUGUUUUACUCUGUUUCCUACUAAAAUGCAUCCAAAUUCUCUGUCCACACUCAAAUUUUGGACAAAUUUGUGUAUAUAUUGGCAUGAUGAGAUCAUAUCACAACCAUAUAUGGGCAAAGUACAGGUCUUUGUCACUUAAAACGUAAUAGCGUGGACAUGACUCUGCAGUUGACACUCUCCUUGUCACUUAAGAUACAUCUUACAGUAUAAUUGAGGGCAUGUUUUUUUUCAGACACGUGCAAAAUUCGUAUUGUAAAUUAAAUAUACUAACAUCCCAGUCAGGCAGUAAUGCUGAGAUGAUCUAUAUCUUCCUUAAGCCGUGUCCACACAUGUUAUUAGUGUUGACAGAUAAUACCAUAGGAGAAAACUCAUAUGGAUUUUUAAGUAAUAAAUGCAAGUUUGAUGGAAUUACAUGGUUGUCAAUGUGUUAAGCUCUGUUCACACUAGUUUUAUGAUGGACAAAUCACGUAUUUGUCUUCUGAACUUAGUGUGGACAAGCUUUAAGGGACUCAUUUAGAGAAAUUCAAUAUUAAGUACACUUAAUGCUGGUCUGGUAGUUCUUUUCGCAUUAUAUGCGCUGUGUAAGUGUAUUGUACUGUGCAGCAAGUAAAUAUCCAGGGUCAGCGGUUCAGAUUGACCUCAUUGUCAAUAUACACAACUGAAUUUAAUUGUUAAAAAAUCUAAAUGAAAGCAAGAGUUUGUGUAAAACAAAUUCAUACUUAAUAGAUUUCAUAUUUACUAGAAAAAAAACCUGAAAUUCAUAUUACUUUUUUAAGAGCAUUAUAAUUCAUUAGUUAAUGUUUUUAUCAUCUCUUCCAGUUUAAGAAUGAUCACAAAAACUUUCAGUUGGUGAUUAUUAAGGGUAACUGUCUCAAUGUGAUAAUGUUGUACAUACAUGUACAUUAAAUAAGCAAGAAUGCUUUAAAUAGCAAUGUGCCUGUGGUAAUCAAUAUCCCUGCAGGAUGAAGUGUUUCUGGGGUAUAACUGUAAAAUAGAGUGAAGGGGUUCGUUGACUAUAGGCUAUCUAUAAGAUAAACAGAUAAUAAAGAACAGUAUCUAUGGA